GGACGUUUGGAACUCUUCUGUCUUGUCCUGUGAGCAAUAUGUCUGAGCCUAUCCGAGUUCUGGUGACUGGUGCUGCUGGGCAGAUUGCCUAUUCUCUGUUGUACAGCAUUGCCAAGGGAGAUGUCUUUGGUAAUGACCAGCCAAUCACCUUGCACCUUUUGGACUUGCCGUUCAUGCAGCAAGUCUUGGAAGGUGUCGUGAUGGAGCUGGAGGACUGUGCCCUCCCACUACUGAGAGAGAUCAUUGUCACUGUUGAGGAGAAGGUAGCCUUCAAAGAUGUAGAUGUAGCUAUCUUAGUGGGCUCCAUGCCCAGAAAGGAGGGCAUGGAAAGGAAAGACCUGCUCAAAGCUAAUGCUGCAAUAUUCAAGAACCAGGGAGCCGCCCUAGACCAGUAUGCCAAGAAGACCGUGAAGGUUCUGGUUGUUGGAAACCCUGCCAACACCAACUGCUUGAUUGCAGCCAAGUCUGCUCCCUCAAUCCCCAAAGAAAACUUCUCCUGCCUCACCCGCCUGGACCUCAACAGAGCUCGGUCUCAGGUGGCAAUGCGCUGUAGUGUUCCAACCACUGAUGUGAAGAAUGUGAUCAUCUGGGGCAACCACUCUUCUACCCAAUACCCUGACGUGCACCACUGCUUCAUCUGCUUGUCCGGUCAGGAGGCUGCCUGCUUUGAUGUUGUAAAGGACGAUGCCUGGCUCAAAGGAGAGUUCAUCUCUAUUGUGCAGAAGAGAGGUGCUGAAGUCAUCAAAGCGAGGAAGCUGUCUAGUGCCAUGUCUGCAGCCAAGGCCAUCGGUGACCACAUGAGAGAUAUCUGGUUUGGUACUGCUGAGGGUGAGUUCACCUCCAUGGGUGUUUACUCCACUGGCAACCCUUAUGGAAUCACCGAUGACCUCAUCUACUCUUUUCCUGUCCGGAUCAAGAAUAAGUCCUGGGAGAUUGUGCAGGGCCUGACCAUCACUGAAUUUUCCAAAUCUAAGAUGGAUGCGACAGCUCUUGAGCUGAUAGACGAGAGGGAUACUGCUGUGGAAUUUCUGGAACUAUGACUGGACCCUACAGGUGGUCCCAACCAGCGCUUAGACAACAUCAAACCUCCAAACUCAUGCCUGUGAUGAAGCACUCCAUCGUCUCAAACGUUCACUGUGUGUCUGUGUAUGCGAGUCACUGUUUUAGUGUGUGACCACCAAAGCUUUUCCUAACUGCUGAAAUAUUUUCUGAGGGUGGGGUGGAAUAUGGGUGUCUGUUACACAUAGUCAGUGGAGCGCUGUCUUUACUCACUAAAAAGGGAAAACUGUCAAAGCUACAGCCAAAAAAAAAAAAAAAAAUAAUGUUUUUGUUUUAUAGAUGAGUUGUUUUUGUUUUUCAAG